UCUAAACACAUUAUGCCGAAAGUACGCGACCGAAGUUCGGCACAAUUACGCCAGCAAUGCUAUUUGAAUGAACGACGACACAUUAUGCCGAAAUUACGUUGCGUUAUAGCGUACAGCCGAACUUCGGUCGGGCGUAAGUUCAGCGGCAACUUAGUCUGUAGAGCACACAUUAUACGCGAGUUUACGCGACCGAACUUCGGUUCGAUUGCCGACGAAAAUCCGGGGGCGGGGUGCAGCGGGGAGGCAGUAAUGCCCGCCCGAGCCCCGCACCCCGCGUGUCUCUUGCUCGCUCGUUCAUUUCGCUGCAUCUGUCUGCGCAUGACACACGUGCGAACACCACCGCGCAUGCGCGAUCUUGUUUACUUUACUUAGUUACCGUUGCAUCUCAAAAAAUAUAAGCUUCGAAUUGUUCUUGCGAUCAUUAUUGUGUAGUAUCCUACACCUACGUCAUGUUUGAUUCAGAAAAAUUAAUUAUCGCGGUUGAGUCGCGACCGUGUUUAUGGAACAAUGGAGAUGCAAGCUAUAGUAAUCGAUCAAUGAGAAAAAUUGCUUGGGAACAAAUAGGUGAAGAAUUCUACGAAGAUUGGAGUACUUAUAGUGCCAAAAAGAAAAAUGAAACAAUUGAUGACUUACAAAAGAAAUGGAAACAUUUGAGAGAUUACUACAUAAGAGAGAAGGAAAAAGACAGUUUAAAGAGUGGUAGUGCCGCGCCAGCCAAGAAAAGAAACACUUCAUAUUUUCAGAUGUUGUCUUUUUUGGAUAUUACUAUAGAACAUCGAAAUAAUGAUAGCAACCUCAGUUUACCCGAAGAUGAAAAUAGUACCAGUUGUGAUACGCUACCACCAACUACUAGUCCACCGCUAGUCACUAGUUCGCCAUCUCUACCGUCGAACGCACUGACCAAUUCUGAGCGUAGGAAUAAGAAUUUGACACCAUUUCAAAAAUCUAUAUUAAAUAGAAUGUCUGUCAAUGAAGAAAAUGAUCCCGAUAAAAAUUUUUUGCUUUCAUUAUUACCUGACAUGAAAACAAUGACAGACAGUGAAAAAUUCGAUUUUAAAUUUGAAAUUAUGACUGCAAUAAAAAGAAUAAAACCCCCCACCACUGUGGAAGAAUUACAAAGCUUUUUAGGACUUGUCAACUAUGUCAACAAAUGGAUACCACAUUUGGUCACGAAAACAGAACCUUUAAAAGAGUUGUUAAGGAAAAAACUCGGCAAAAACGCCGAACUCAAACCAUAUUGGUCCAACGAACAAGACAAAGCUUUUGAAAGUCUGAAGAAAACUUUGACAAGUAUACAGUCUUUGGGAUAUUAUGAUGUUAAGGAUAAGACCGAGAUAAUCGCAGAUGCAAGUCCAGUUGGACUUGGUGCUGUUCUAGUGCAACGACUUCGUGAGCGCGCCAUCGCCGACGUCAAGAGAAGGUUGUGGCGCGUGGCGAUGGUGCGCCCGAAGGUGGAGGAGCGCCGCUCUCCGAAGUCGCAUCCGUCCAAGAAAGCUGGCGGGCGGCCGUUAAAAAAAUGGAAUCCUGAGAAUUGGGAAUAUCCCAAUACUUAA